AGCUGUGUUCUAAAGCCUUUGGGCUACAUGGCACCUGUUUGGAGCUAAAUGCAAACUGCCCUGCUCAGUCAGAUACAUAAACAGGAGCAUGGCUGAGAGAGAUUCAAAGAGGGAUGCUGUGCAGAGCGCUUGACUAAUGGAAGGGAGCCAAAUCAUGGUUCUGUAUCCCAUAGCCAUGUCAAACGCUAGCUAGGGGGUACGUCAAAAGGUUUGUGGGGGACUCUUUCUCUAAGUCUCCUGUAAUUUUAACAUGGCUCCUUGUGUAGAAUUGCAACCCUUCUUUCUAGCUCUUGCUGCACUUCUGUGCCAUCUGGAACUUUGGUUUAGAAAACACUUAUUCCAGAUCAGAGUCUUACUUGGCACUGAGUAUAGUGGAUCCAGUACAGGUAUUCACUGCCCUUUGCUUUUCUACAUCGUGUUGUAUUGCAACCUAGAUUUCCAAUGGAUUAAGUUGCCAUUGUUACCUCUUUAUGUCCGCAGGAUACUCAACACUGUAAAGAGGUAAUAAUCAUUUCCUCAGUAACUAUCAUUGCAUUCUAAUACUGAUCUUAGUUGUCCGAGUGAUUAUCAUUAUGUAGCCAGUAUAUGGUCAUCAACACACAAGAAGGAAGUAUCAUAAGAUCUGGGGGGAAACUAAGCUUUCCUGAAGUCCAAACAAUAUUUAAACUGAGAAGAAACCUCAGGGGAAGAAUUCUCUCCUGCCAGAUAUCCCAGUGAGGAUACCGCAGUGAUGCUGCGUAGGUAUUUGGUACUGGGUGAGAACUAGGCAUGAGGGAAUGUCAUGAAGUAUCCUGGAAAAAGGCAGGUGUCCAACCAGCCAGUCAUGAAUAGAAGCACUCUGAUCUGCUGCAUUUUGUUGUGGGUCCCACUCUUAUUUUAUGCCUAAUCAUAAAAGUGCUCCAGCACUGGGAUGGUGCAGCAGGGGAACACACAGCCACCAUGUACCUUAAAUAAAGCAGGGAUGCGAGGGAAGAAUUGCAAAGUAAACCACUGAGCCAUUCACUGCUUUGCUUGGGACUGUCUAUUGGAAGGUACAGAAAUGUACUAAAGAGAUAGAUCCAGUACGGAUCCUACACAUUUUUGCGAAUAUGUAUGAAACCCAUCAAAGCAAUGGCUAGCAACUGAAAAACAAUUAAACCAUAACAAAAAAGGAAGCAUUAAGAGCGUAGUCCCAAGGGACUGCUUCUCAGUAGGCAAUCUAGGACCCAUCUGUCCAUCCUAAGCCCUGUUGUCCAGAAAUGCUAACGAUUCCCCUUGUUCAUUCCAGUUACAAUCCGCCUUUAGGUGAGGGAUAGGAAGCAGCAAACUAUUAAAUUUAAAAGACUAACUUUCUGGGAAAGAACAUUGUGGCACUAUUUUGUGUGAUUCCAAAAAGCAUCCUUGUUCUUUUUUCAUAUUUCUUUGGCCUCAGGGUACUAACUCCUGGACAAUUAUACUGCAUAUGGGCAACAAUAACUAAGCUCUUUCUAGGUAGCUGCUGAAGGAAUGUAUAGCUACUAAUUGCUGUGCUACUUGAAUCAUACCUAUGAUUAUUGGAUUAGAUCAUCCUUUUGAUAUGUCUGGAAUGACAUAGAUGCAAUAUAUUGAGAAAUAUAAAUAUAAUCCAUCCGAGAAAUAUUUAUUACAAUGCCAGUGGUUUCAAGUCAACAUCCAAACAUAUUGUGUAAAAUUCACUCAUCUCAUAAAAUUGUUUAGCCUUGACCUCCAUCACUACAUGCAUACAUUCUGUCUGAACAUUUGCAAGCAGGAGGAAGAGGAAGCAUUGUUGGAGUCAAUGUUCUGCCAUCACUUACCAAAACAGUGGAAACCAGGAAGGAGAAAAUGCAUACUUUCAGGAAAUCAAUAGAACAGAUUAUACUGGAAUAUUACGGAACAAUGAGGAACAUGCCAAAUUGAAUUUUAUCUGGCCAGGGCGGCUUAUUUUAUAAUAUUUAUUUUACCUGCCACUUGGAAGAUGACACCAAAACACGAAACACAGGAAUUUGUAACAGUUUUGGUACGAGAUCCCAGGCUACAAAGGGAAGACUACUGGCAUUCACAUAUUGACUAUGAAAUCUUCAUUCAUACAAACAGCAUGUGUUUUACAAGGAAAACAUCUUGUGUCCGACGACGGUUUCGGGACUUUGUAUGGCUUCGUCAGAGACUUCAGAGCAAUGCUGUGUUAAUACAAUUGCCAGAACUGCCAUCUAAAACUCCAUUUUUUAAUACAAAUAAUCCUCAGCACGUGGACCAGCGUCGGAAAGGCUUGCAACAAUUUCUCCAAGAGAUCCUUCAGAAUAUGCUACUGCUUUCGGACAGUAGACUUCACCUCUUCGUACAAACCCAGCUGAGUCCAGAAGAGAUUGAAGCAUGUGUAUCCGGACAGACAAAAUAUUCUGUUGCUGAAGCAAUCCAUGAAUUUGCCUGUUUGAAACGACGGUUUCCUGUAGAAGAUGAAGAGAGGAAAAAAGAGGAAAAUUAUGCAGAUUCAGAUUCUGAGAGUUCAUCCUCAGGGCUUGGACACAGCAGUAAUGAUAGCAAUUCACACGGAUGUAAAGGAAGCACAGUUCCUGAAGAAGCCUGAAGUAUCGUUUAUACAUUGCUAUCACUGAAAUGACAGAUCCAAACUUCAAUCAUGGUUGAAAGUUAUAUGUAACAAAGAUGCACCAUCCACCCAGUUGUCAAGGCAUGUCUUUUCUCCGUUUUCAAAACUGUUUGUUCAUUCAUUCAUACAUUCACAAUGCAUGUGUUCAAGCUUUUCUAAUAUUCAAUGAUAGAAAUACUGCCUGUGGCAAGAGACCUUAAAUAAAUGAGAUUUCUUGACAUAAUUAUGUGGAGUUCACUGCAAGAGAGAAGUGGUGGGAUUGGGGGUGGGGGCACUUAGAUGUUUUAUAUUAGACUAUCUAACUUUUCAAAAUUCACAAAUUGUAUUUUCAUUUAGCUUAUUUUCACAACUGUCUUUCCGAUAUACUAACUCACACCAUGUUAUAGAAAUCUGACAACUCUUAACCAAUACAUAGUGCGAUACUAUGCAUGUUUAUUCAGGAGUAAAUUCCAUGGUGUUUAAUGGGCCUUAUUCCCAAGUGUGUGUAUAGGAUUGGAGCCAGCGGACUAAGCGACCAAAUAAGUUUUCUGAUGAACGUGUUGAAAUAUUAGCUUUUACCAUAACUAUAACUGUUGGGUAUAAUCUUAUAGCCACAUAGUUACAGGCUAUUAUCCAGUAAUUGGGUUAGGGAUGCUAAAUGCCAGUUGAACUCAACAGACAUCCGUGUGCCUACCUGUGGACAACUUUGCUGUUUGCCUUGCUCUUUUUGUGACCGAGAAACAAUAUUAAAAGUAUGCAUUUAUAUUUUUAAUGAAUUUUAGAGUGAACGUUUUGACAGAGUUGUAGCAAUGAGAAACAGUACGAGAAGAUGUUAUAGCCAGUUGUAAUCAGAAACAUAUAAGGUGGUCAAUGAAAGCUGAAUCUUGCAGAUGACUAUUUAAACUAUAGGAUAAGGUAACUUUGUCAGUCACUUUAACUUCACUGGAACCCCACCCAAACAUGUAUUUCCUAAGAAAACUACUACUCAAAUCAGGUUAAUUUUUCUUAAGGAAUGGAGUAAAGUUGGAGAGAGAGAGCAAGUAAAUACUUUCAGCCAAUGGUCUUUUUUGUUGAUGUCCCAUUUACACAUCAAAGAAUCUUGCUGCUCACCUUUGGGCUUAAUUGUACAUACAUACAAAUCUAAUCCUAAUCACUGAAAGAGAUACAUGUUUAGGUAACUGUAAGAAAUUUAAUUAAAUCUGUAAGUAAGCCUAUGGUUGUAAUUGUUAUUGUAAAAUGAACAAAAGAUCUGCGACAAAAAUGCUGCCUGAAACAGGAACUGAGAAAGAAGGAACUGGAAUAAGAUGUAACUGUUUACUUUAAAAUUAUUCGUAUCUGUGCUUGUUACUGUUACUGUUAGUCUGAAGCAAUUUGUGCACUUUAAAUUCAGUAGCCUGCUGAUAUUCAGUAUACAAAGCCUAAAGAUCUCUUUAAUACCGGUGUGAUGUCACUCCCUCGAUGCCUACUCGGGAGUAAAUGAUUUAGUUAUUUCAGCCUAAGAACCGAGAAGUAUAGCAAAUGGAAGGCUUUAGCUCAACUUUUCAGUCAAAGGUUAUCUCAGAUCAUCCAAAUUCAGAUAUGAAUUGCUGGAUUUGUAAUAGUUACAGUGCUGUCAGCUUUAUCACACCUUAUAUAAAUAACACAUUGUUCCAGUAUGUUAUUCCUGUAUGUUGGGCAACUGCCUUUCACACAUGCCUACUCAGAGGUAAGACCCAAUGAGUUCUACGGGCUUUGCUUCCAGGAUUACAUUAUAUGUCUUUUUCAUGAAUGUUUUUUGUACACCAAAUACUGAUGUACCUAAAUGCUGACUAUUGCUUGUGUUCUACUGUUUAUUAUCUGUAAAAUUGUUUGUAUUUUGUCACAUUUCAAGAUAAAGUAUUCUCUAUGUAA